AUGGUGCUCAACGCCUUCUCCAACAUCGUUUCCAAAGCUGGCGCUGAAUUCAUCUUUAUCGGAAUACCCACGAAGCACCUAGUCAUUCCACCGGCCCAAAUGUACGGCCUGAUCAAGUACUACUGCGACCAGCAGUUUGGCAUUCUCUCGCAGUGUUUCAAGGCAGAGUACAUCGAUAGACUGCCCAACGGAUACUUUGACCAGUUUCUCCUCAAAGUGAACGGAAAGUGUGGCGGAGUGAACUCGCUGGUUGAGGCUAGCCAGUUGCGAGACUUUCCCUUCAACCUGGCUCGCACCAUCUUUGUCGGCAUUGACGUGAACCACUCGGCGGAGACGGAAAAAAUGGCCUCUUCGGUGUCUGCCGCCGUCGGCUCUCUCGACCCCAACUUUAGCCGGUACGCAGCCAGCAUCUUCGCACAGAAGAAGAGUCGAGAGGAAAUUUUGAAGAACCUUGAGCCGAUGAUCUGCGAACUGCUUGAGGAGUAUCGCACGGCAAACGGUGCACUGCCUGAGAACCUGAUCGUCUUCCGCGAUGGCGUCUCCGAGGGGCAGUACAUGGUGGUGAAGGCCCUGGAGCUGCCCAACAUUCGAGCUGCAGUCAACAAGAUGACCACUGAGCUCAUCAAGAUUGCGCUGAUCAUUGUGCAGAAGCGACACAACGCUCGCUUUGCACUGACCAUCGUCAACGCCCAAGGACGCAGGCCCACUUGGAAUGUGCCCAGCGGAACGGUCGUCGACAACACCAUCGUCGAGCCACUGUACUAG